GAGUGCGACGACGGGAUGGACGCGCUGCCGGACGGCGUGGUGCAGACCAUCCUGUCCCGCCUCAGCAGCGCCCGCGACGUGGCCGCCUGCGGUGGCGUCUCCCGCUGCUGGCGCGACUGCGUGCCCUUCCUCCCGGCGCUCUACUUCCCGCGGAGCGCCUUCGACGCCAGGGGCGUCGCGUGCGCCGACGCCGCCAUCGGCCGCAUGGUCCAGGCCGCGGCCCGGCUCGAGGAGCUCGUCAUCUACUGCCCCUUCUCCGCCGCGCACCUGCCGCUCUGGCUCGCCACGCGCAGCGCCUCGCUGCGCGUGCUCGAGCUCCGGGUCGACUCCGCCGCCGCCGCCGCAGGGUCCGGAUCCGGAUCCGGCCACCUCGACUGCGUCGCCCUCGUCCCCAACCUCGAGGAGCUGAGGCUCUGGGGGCUCACCAUGACGCGCGGGCCGUCCUGGGGCCAGCUCCAGCGGCUCCGCGUGCUGGAGAUCGUCGGCGCGUCCCUGACGGACCUCGCCGUCAGCGGCGCCGUCGACGCCUGCCCCAAUCUCACCGACCUCGCCCUGCUCGGCUGCGAGUGCUCCGGCACCGUGUUCUUGGGGACCCCACUGCUCCAGCGCUGCCGCCUCGACUUCGUCGGCUCCGCCACCUGCGCGCUCGCGCUCGCCGCGCCCCUUGUCGAGUCCCUCGAGGUCCAGGGUUUCAGCUAUAUCACCCUGCAAGGCGGCGACCGCCUGAAACGCCUCACAAUUUCCAAGAACACUGGGAGGGUGAAUACUGUCGGGAUAGACAGGCUCCCGGUGCUAGAGCAGCUGUCACUGCGUGGUGUCCAGUGGAGCUGGGGAGCCGUCAGCCAUGUGCUGCAAUGCGGCGCCGAGGCGAAGCAUCUGGUGAUGAAGGUCGAGUUCUGCGGCGAUUCUGAUACUCUCCAGCCGUUUCCGGAGGUCGACCUUGUUGAAUUCUUCAACAGCCACCCAAAGCUUUGCAAGUUUGAGGUCCACGGCGCCAUGUUUGCGUCGCUCUGCCAAAAGAACAGCCUGAAAAACUUGGACUCGAGGUUCUUGAUAUCUUCAUUGGAGGAGGUCCUGAUUACAGUGCGCUCACCCUUGAAUGCUGAGCAGAAGCUGAUCACCAUUGAGUCCCUUGUCAGGUACAGCCCAAGGCUGCGGAGGAUGGUCCUUAGGAUCUCGCAGAUGAAGAACUGCCAUGAGGCUGCAGAUGAAUUCUUUGAAGAGGUUUCCAAGUUUGCGCAUCUGAGUAACGGCAGAGUGCGGAUUGAAUAGAAGCACGCUGCUGCAUGGCUCUGUGCUUUGGCUUUUGCGAGUUGCGACUGAGCCAACGAGACUCUUAUCGUGUGCUACUAUCGAGCUCAAUUCUGCUCGAGUAGUUAUGCUGUUUUGUUUGUCAUUGUUCAUGUGUGCUGGAUCUUAUCAGCAUGCUUAGGGUGUUUGUUUGGUCAUGUGCUAGUUAAAAUUUUGUACCUCGAACCUGUAUUGCUCCUUGUUUCACGAGAUAUAAGAAACUACUUUACUUCA